GUUACACAACUAGUAAGUAUGGAAGGCCAGAUUUGAACUUGAGUCUUCCUGACUCCUGAUGUAGUACCUUAUCCUCUGCUCCACCUAGUUGCCCCUAGAUAGGUUGUAACUCUACAUUUGUGAUUUCCACUAGAUUUCCUAUACCUAAGAUAUUGUAAAUAUUACCCUUAAUAUUUUCAUAGGAUACUAAUGUAUUUGAGUUGUCCAUCUGUUGUCUCUCAUUUUUUGCUAUGACCCCCCAUCCUUUCCCACUAAUACUUAUUUCUAAUACUAUCUUUUACAUCAUCUUUUGAAUGCAUUUUCUCAUUUAUAAUAUGCUACAACCUCCUUUUUCCUACUAGGUAUCUUUUUACUGCCUUUUAGUUUAUUUGUAAUUUUAAUCUUUCAAUAUUAUGAAAUUUUAUCAUUUCCAGCCAUAUAGCAUUACUAGGAAAAGUAUUAAUGAAAAACCUUGAUUUUUGCAGGCUGAGCAGUUUGCAAUCCUUGAAAGCAUUGCAUAGUUUCUUAAAUAUGAUCUGGCUUGAUCUUUCUUUUCAGUUCUAGGCCCAUAUCAUUGUUCAUCUGUAUCACUGACUCAAAACACACACACACAUUGAAAGUUGUUAGGAUAGGCUGUCUUUUUUUCCCCCUAAUUAUUAAAUUUACUUUGUAAUGUUGAAAAAACUGAAUAUAACCAAAGUUUGCAGUUUCACAUAAAUUACUCUUUUUGUGCUUGAAUGUUGGUGGUAUUCAAUUUAUUUAUUUUUUAUUUUUAUUUUUUAGAAAAGGAGAGGGGGAAUGGAGAGGGAAGCACUGUAGCCUGCAAGGGAGGAGCCAGGAAAACUUAGUCUCAUCCAGUGAGGUAAAGUCACAGAGGUGAACAAUGACUAUAGUUGACAAAGUAUCUGAAUCUUCCAACCCAUCAGCUUGUCAGAAUCAACCUGGCAGCUCUGUGGCACCUUCACUCGGAGACAUGGACUCAGGCUCUGCAAGUUGGGGAGCUGUAUCUUCUUUGACAGACAUCCCCAAACACAAAAUUUCUUUAGGACCAGUACCUGGUGCUGCAAUUUAUUCUAAUUCAUCUAUUUCCGACAAACCAAAGCCAUCAGCACAGAAGGAUCAAUCUACAGGUGAUGGCAUUGCACCUCCUCAGAAGGUCCUUUUUCCAGCCGAAAAAAUUUGCCUAAAGUGGCAACAAUCUCAUAGAGUUGGAGCUGGGCUCCAGAAUCUGGGCAAUACGUGUUUUGUCAAUGCUGCACUGCAGUGUUUAACAUAUACGCCACCUCUUGCCAACUAUAUGUUAUCUCAUGAACACUCCAAAAUAUGCCAUGAGCAAGGAUUCUGUAUGAUGUGUACCAUGCAGGCCCAUAUUACACAGGCACUCAAUAAUCCUGGUAAUGUCAUCAAACCAAUGCCAGUUAUCAAUGAUCUUCGACGUAUAGCUAAACACUUCCGUUUUGGAAACCAGGAAGAUGCCCAUGAAUUUCUUCGAUACACUGUUGAUGCAAUGCAGAAAGCAUGCCUGAAUGGCAGCACUAAAUUGGACCGGCACUCCCAGGCUACCACACUUGUUUGUCAAAUAUUUGGAGGCUAUCUGAGAUCUCGAGUAAAGUGUAUGAACUGCAAAGGAGUUUCUGAUACCUUUGAUCCAUACCUUGAUAUUCCAUUGGAAAUAAAGGCUGCCCAGAGUGUCAACAAAGCCUUGGAACAAUUUGUGAAGCCUGAGCAAUUAGAUGGAGAAAAUUCCUAUAAAUGUAGCAAGUGUAAAAAGAUGGUUCCAGCUUCAAAGAGGUUUACUAUACAUAGAUCAUCUAAUGUUCUUACCUUAUCUUUGAAACGUUUUGCAAAUUUCAGUGGUGGAAAAAUUGCCAAGGAUGUGAAAUAUCCUGAGUAUCUCGAUAUUCGACCAUAUAUGUCUCAACCUAAUGGAGAACCAAUUAUUUAUGUUCUAUAUGCAGUGUUAGUGCAUACUGGUUUUAGCUGUCAUGCUGGUCAUUACUACUGUUACAUAAAGGCUAGUAAUGGACAGUGGUACCAGAUGAAUGACUCCAUUGUUUCUACCAGUGAUAUCAGAUCAGUGCUUAACCAGCAAGCCUAUGUCCUCUUUUAUAUCAGAUCCCAUGAUGUAAAAAAUGGAGGGGAACACACUCAUUCCAUUCAUACUCCAGGACAGUCUUCUCCUCGACCAGUGAUCAAUCAACGGGUAGUCAAUAAUAAACAGACUGUGUCAGGUUUUAUUGGACCACAACUUCCUCCUCAUAUGAUAAAGAAUUCUAAUCACUUAAAUGGAACUGGACCAUUGAAAGAAACUCCAAGCUGUUCUGUGGCAAGUGCUAGUAAUUCUAAUUUAAACAGAACAAGUCCUGCUUCUGCUUCAACUUCUAUUCAAAACUGGACAGUUAACAGACCCUCAAUUAUUCCUGAGCCUCCUAAGAAGCAAAAAAUCACUAUCAGUAUUCAUAAUAAGUUGCCUGUUCGACAAGGUCAGUCCCAACCUAAUCUUCACAAUAGUUCUUUAGAAAACCUCAGCAAGUCCAUUCCCUCAUCUACCAUUACUAAUUCUUCUGCAUUACAAUCUACCUCAAAUGCAUCUACAAUGUCAGUUGCUACUAAAGUAUCAAAACAGAUCACACCUAGUGAAUCUUGUUCCAAGCCAGUAAUGAAUGGCAAAUCCAAGCUCACCUCCAGUGUGCUGGUCCCUUAUGGUGCAGAGUCUUCAGAAGAAUCUGAUGAGGAGUCAAAGGGAUUGGGUAAGGAGAAUGGCCAUGCAAAACCUCUUAAUGGACUUCUGACUGGAAAUGGAAUCAGUAUACUCCCAAAUGCUUGUUCUUCCUGUCAAGAUGCUGAAGAUGAUGAGGCUUCUCAUCAUGAACUGCCAGAAACUGUGACAGUAAAUGGUGCUAAUAGUAUAGAGAAUAGUGAACCUAAAGAAAAUGGACUAUCAUUUGAUGAUCCCACUUGCCAAGUCAAGCCUGCUAAACAUUCAGAAAAUCCCUUUUCUAAGACAAAUGGAUUACAUGGAAAGUUGAUGCCUACUCCUUUGCCUCCACUCCCAGAAGACAGAAUUGUAGAGUCUUUCAGAUUCAACAACAAAUUAAAAAGUUUGACUGAUGAUAUAAGUUCAAGUGGAAAUGAGAAACCACCUGAAGAAGAACUUGGUACAGAACUUGUGGUUGGUAGCAGCAGUUCAGCUUCCUAUGAACAGCUAGAUAAAGUUACUUCCAGUCUUAGCUGCAAAAUAAAGAAUACCUUUCCACCUUCAGACCCUAAUGUCAUUGCUACCAAAGAAGAAAUUACUGAAAGUAUUAUAGCAAAACCAGAAGAAUCUAUUCCCAAUAUCAUUAGUCAUUGUAAUGCUAACAAGAAAACCAUUGGAGAUGAUCAGUUUCCUAAACAGUGUGAUCCUGGGAAUUUCACAGAUGAAAAGAUCAUAUUAUCCCAAGAAAUAAAGGGAACAGUAAAGGAGAAUUCUCUGAACUCUGCAGCAGUGGACACAAUGGAAAAAUUGAGCCAAACUCCUUCCAAUAAUUUUGACACUGAAUGUGAUAGUAAUAAACUCUUAGUAUUUAUUAGUACUGAAAAAUGCAAAGAAACAAAGGACCUUUCUAAAAGUAUAGACAUGUCUACUAAUGAACUGUCUGCUACCCAGUUAGAUAAAAUUAUAGAGAAUCAUUAUUCAAAAGGGAGCACUGAACAAAAUAAUAGUGAACGAUGUGAAGAAAAUAAAGUUAGACAAAAAGUUCAAAGUAAUUCUCCAGUUAAGGAAAAAGGUAAUAGCCCUAGAAAAGCGGACAAAGGGCAUCAUCAUAACCGAAGAGAUCGUUCAUCCAGUGGAGAACGAACAAAGCAAAGCAGGAGCAAAACAGAGAACCAUUAUUACAAAAAAAGGGUGUCUUAUAGCAAAGAGAGGACCAAAAAGAGCCGCCACAAAUCAGAACACUGUAAUGGAAGCAAAUAUAAACCUUUUCAUAACGAAAGCAGCAGCCCUGACAGUAGAUCCUUAGGAAAACAUAACCAUUAUCAGUCCAGAAGUAGAGGAAAAUCUGAUCAGGAAAGGGGUAGAUAUUAUCAUUCUAAAAGUGAACGAUCUUGGAGUCGGGAGAAAUAUUAUCCAGAUGGAGUAAGAAGAUGGGACAAAUAUAGAUAUUAUAAUGAUUAUUAUUCUUAUUCUUCAAGAGAUGGUAGAGAGUGGAAGCCAUCUCACAGUGAUCGAGAAUAUGACAAAGCAAGUCAGUACAAUAAUAGAUCACACAAGGACUAUUAUAAAAGCAAAUGGGUUCAUGAGCCAGCACCUAAAGAGAAAGAAAGGCAUCACUCAAACAGUAAUAAAGUAGAUCUAUCCCAUUGUUCCUCUCUUCCUCAACAUCCUGAAAAAUACUCUCAUGACAAAAUUGCACUUGAAGAAAAUAGUUCAAAUCUUUGUAGUCAAUUUCAUGAGCAUGACAUUGUAAAAAUGAGGAAAAGGAAAUAUGAUAGUAUAGAAAAUGACAGUGACUUAGAAAAGAAAAUCCCCAAACCCUUGCAAAAUGAGCCAGUAGAAGAGCAGAAAGUUAAGAAGCACAAAAAAUCGAAAAAGAAAAAGAAAUCCAAAGACAAACACAGAGCUCGAAGUUGCAAGCAUCAUCAGGAUUUGGAUCUUUCUGUAGCCAACUCCAAAGCUGACCUUCGCAAACACAAAAAGAAGAAGAAGAAAAAGAAGAAACAUGCAAAAAAAUUAGAGGACUAUAUUGAACAUUCAGAUCUUCAUGUACUCAAGGCUUCCUGCUCUGAGACUGAUAACAAAAUCUGGGAGAAAAAGGACAAAUCUCCCAUCAAAGAUGGCUUGCCAUCUGAGGACUACCAGAAAUCUAAUAAACUUUCUCAUGAGGAAGAUGAUGAUCACCCUGAGAAAACCAAACACUUAAGAAUGGAAAGCCAGGAUCAUAAAUGUCACCCAGCUGAGUAUGGCCAGGCUAAAGACCUCCCCUCUCAUAAGGACUACAGUCAGAAGUUUUCCAGUAAACAGUUGGAUGACAGUUCUACAAGUACAGAUGAAUCUAGAUGGAAAGUGAAUGAAAACUCAUCCUCAAAAGAAAAAUUACACUAGUUACCGAUUCAGAGUGUUCAACUGAAGCCAUCCCCAACACAGCUUAAAUUAUAUUUAUAAAUAUAGAAAAUGAUUAACUGUUCAAAUCCAUAAGUGGUGCUUCUUCAGUAAAUACUGUACAGGAUUUUACCAUGGAAGAACUUUUUUUUAAUUUUUACCUUGAGACUUUUUCUUAAUUACCCUUAAUCCAAAUGGAUGAAAACUUUCUACAACUGCUGACCGUUGUAAAAUACCGUGUAUAUAAUCACAUUGAAAAUAAUGCCCUGGAAUAGAACAUCUCAAAUGCUGCUUAAUUACAGACUCAGGUUGAUUACUUGUAUUUCAUGUAAUGUUACUCCAAGUUAGACAUCUGGUGCAAGACCAAGCCAGGAAACCAUGGAAUUAUUUAAAAAGGAGGGGGUGGGAGGGAAGUGGGAAGGGAAGGAAAAAAAAAAAAGAAAAAAACUGUAUAUUUAAUUUAAAGACUUAUUUAAAGAUUCACAAGCUCUUACCUAGAAUUUUGAGAGAGAGCUCUCUGUUUUCUGUGAUGUCUGAUACUAGAAACUAAUUUGCUUCACAUUUUAGUUGUAUUCAAGAUUUGAAGAUGUAUUUUAUAGACAAGUUCUGUUUCUGAACUUUGUGGAAACACACCAAUCAAUUUACCAGUUAUGAUGAGCAUUUACAUUAUGAAUGUAUAACCCAAACUUUAUUUGUAAAGCCUACAGUAUGUUUUUAUUACAUAACACUUUUUUAUACAGUCACUUGUCUUGACUAUACAAUAUUGGAGUCUGAGUUGUCAGUUCGGUCCCUUAAAGUUUCUAGUUACAGACAAAUUCAUACUGUGAUUUUAUUUUUAAUAUGGAAAUGCUAUCAAACUGUGAUAUACUUAUAAUUCACUGGUCCUGCAUCAGGAGAUGGAGUGGGGAAAACUGUAUUUAAUACAGUUUAUAUCUGAAUAAUCUGUAUGGUUUAUACAGUCUGUGUUGUUCAGAGAUGUCUAAAGUUUGAUCUUUGUUUUUUUAAAGAUUAUAAAAGCACUUGCCCCACUGUAAAUAUAUAGCAUGUAAAAUUUAUAUAGUAUAUAAAAUACAGCAAAGUCAAAAACAGCUUGUUUGUGUUUUAUUUUAGCUCUUCUAGCUUUGCUUAUUAUACAUUAUUACUUCCUUCCUAAUUAAUUGCAUUGUUUUAAGUAAUCAAGUGGAUGACACACUUAUCCUUUGAGAAGACCAUCUUUUUUGUAGUGUUUUGGUUUAUUUUUAUGUUUGGGUUUUGCUAAUUUGCUAUAUUAUGAUAUCAGGUCUGGACCUUCAAUUGUUAAGAGGAGUUAUUUAGCAAAGGAAAGCCAGCUGCAAUGCAAGAAAUGAUUUUCCAUUGCACUUAUCAUCUGUUUCUUUUUGCAUUUAAAGAACCAGACCUUAAGACACUCGUGUUUAACAAUACAAUUUUGACUUUUAUUUUAAGUGUAACACAAUAUUUGCAAUAGGGUCUUACAGUCAUACAACAAUCCUAUCCACUUUACAACAAAAUAUUAUGAAUAGAUACAUACAGAAUGUUUUUUCAUGCAAAUUGUGGUUGUACAAUGAGUAAACACAAACUUUAAAAUUCAAUACAUAUCUGUACAUUAUUUACAUCAUAACUUUAUAUUUAAUUGUAAAUAGAAAUGUUUUCCAAGAAAAUAUAAGAAACUGAUAAUUCACAAAUUAUAACUGUAGUUUCUGGUCUUCAACAGACCUAACUUCUCAGCAAGCAUAUCUAUUUAGAUAGAUAUAUGCAUUUAUAACUUUAAAAAUAUGCAUUGCUUUAUAUGAAGCAUGAAAUGCUGCUCCAUCUAUAAAUAACUUCUAUUUUGACCCAGUUUGGUACCACAUGU